CUAAAAAAAAUGUUUUUAAUUAAAAAUAACCUUAUCGCUCUUAAAAACUUUCGACUCUCAAGAGAUAACAAACCCAUCAUGUGCGAUAACUCAUCAAAUUGUGGAGAGAAAUGGCUUUGAAAACUUUAAAUAAAACGAAAAUUGGUGAUGUUUUCAAAAAGAUGGAUUAUCAAAGUGUUCCGAUUGAUAUCUCAAAAGCACAGAAAUGGCUUGUUGACACCAAUUAUUUUGUAACGGAAUACGACGAUUUAAAGAAAACGUUUGAAAAAAUUAAAGAGAAUACGGAAUGGAAAAAUUUUUCCAAUCCUAAAAAAACCGAAUGCCUUUAUCAAUUUUCUAAAGAAAUCGAAUCAAACACUGACAUUUUAUGCCAAUUUAAGUAUGCGUUACGAAGAGUUUUGCCAAAAGACACCAAAAUCGGUUUGGAACAAUUAAAUAAUUAUCUACAAUAUUAUUCCACUUUAAUCGAGGACCAACAAGUAGAUGAAGUAAACGAUGAAAAUGUCGUUCUUUGUUGUAUUGAUACAAAAUAUGAAAUUUCAUUAGCGGAAUUAGGUUAUGUGCUGGGUUCAACACUUGCUGGGGGGCGUAAUAUAAUAUUUACUGGCAAUCAGGAUUCUUGGUUUUUAAAUUAUUUAAUUGACCUUUCAAUUAAAGCCGGAAUUCCUGAAGAAACUAUCAAUUUCAUUUGCACUAAAAGUAACGAUUUACAACAAUUAUGUUCUAAACAAAUCCACAAAAACAUAAAAAUUGACGAUAUUGAAGAAUUCAACGAUAAAAAAGUUUUAAUAACCCCUAAUUUGAAAGGAUCCAUGAUUAUUUUUAACGAUUCCGAUCUUGAUUCAGCUGUCGAAACGGCUGUUAAAGCAAUUUGGGGUUCAUGCGGCUUGUUACCAUGGUCAAUCGAUACAUUAUUGGUUCAAGAGGAUAUUGUGAAAAAAUUUAGUGAUAAAUUAAAAAUUCGAUUAAAAAAAUUAGAGUUGAAUGAGUUUUCAACGAAUUCAGACGAUAUCUCCUUCUUUUACUCAGACGAUUUUAAAGGAAAUCUUGACAAAAUGGAAAAAGAAGCGAAAUCGCAAGGAAUCGAAAUUUUUAAAGCCAAAGAAACCAAUAACACCAAAUUAAUAGUUCCAACAUUAUUUAUCGGCGGAAAAGUUUCGGGGAAUAAAAUCAUGUCAGAAAUAAACACCCAACCAACAGUAGGAACUAUUUUAGCGUUCCGAACACCAAAAGAAGCGAUUAAUUUAGCUAAUAAUAACCGACAAGGUCUCGCGGUCUCAUUAUGGUCCCAAAAUAUAAGUUUAAUUAAUGAAGUUGUACGAAAAAUUGAUGUCGGAACGAUUUGGGUUAACUGCCAUGGUGUUAUUAAAGGUAGUGUUGGAUUUACAACGAGAAAAUAUGAAGGGAUUGGUUAUUUUGGUGGUUAUGAAGGUUAUUACGAAUUUAACGAAUUAAUUGAAGUUAAAACCACCCAAAAUCAAAAAACUUCAUCACAAAUUUUAUCACAAUCAAAAAAAGCUCAAGAUUCAUGGAAUAAAUUGCCGUUUAAAUCACGUGCGGAGAAAAUUUUUAAGCUUGUUCGUAACAAUUCCGAAUGGAUGAGCUCCUUUUAUAAAGCGGUUAAUAACCUGGAUACUAUUAAUACAUCCCAAAUUAUUGAUAACUUUGAUUUGAAGAGUUAUCGCGACCCAAUUGGAGUUGUAAUUAUUAAUAAGUCGGAUAAAACCGUGCCUGAUUUAAUUUUAGGGGCCUUAUUACUUGGAAAUUCUGUUUUAAUCGUCGAAAAUAAUAACAAUUUCAUUACUGAAUUAAUUAAAAAUUUACCUUUGGGCGUUUUUGGAAGUGUUUCAUCGUCAGAACUCGCAUUGGAAAGUUUAAAACAAUCCGUUGUUGUAAUCGGCGGGGAAAAACCAGUUCCUAGAAGUUUUCUUACACAAAAAAUGUACGAUUAUAAAAGCGGCGAUUUAUAUAAGUUUAUAAUACGCAGAUGUACCAUUAAAAAGAAUGUUUGGGUUGAUGUCGGAGAUUCUUUUUAAUCUUGAGGUAUUAAUGGUUAAAAUAAAACCGUUUGAUUUUUUAUUGUAACAAUUUCUUAUUAAUUAAAAAAUAAAAACUUACACUUU